AUGAGUCCAUACACAUUCCGAUCUAAAGUUGAGGAAUAUAUGAAAAAGGCAAUAAAAGAGUUGGAAAAAGUAAAGAAAAUCGCUGAUAUAGAGGAGCAGUGUAAUAAAAUUAGUUUUAUUGUUAGAAAACACAAACAAAAUCUUGAAGAGUUAAAACAAGGAAAACCAGAGGACAUUUCUUAUUAUGAGAAUUAUUUGCCUUUUAAUUUAGAUAAAUAUGAAAAGAAAGUCAAAGAGUUAGAUGUUUACUGGGGAGAAGUUGCAGGUAAAUCCAAUAAAGUUAGAGAGCAAAAACAAAAAGAACAGCGAAAUAAAGAAUAUGAGUUGAAAACCUCUCAUUGUGCUUAUUGCAAAAAUAAACCCCCCACUGAUCGUUAUGUUUACAAAGAAAAUUACACUGGUCAAUAUAAGAAAAGUAAAAAAGAUGGUCAGAAAUUUUGUUCUAGUGAGUGCUUUCAAAAGAAUUAUGCUGAAAACUGUGAUAAAUGUGGCGAAAAAGCCUUAGGAGAUACUUAUUAUAGCGAUGCUGAAAAUAAAACUGGCACCUUGUGUUCUAAGUGUAAUAAUGAAUAUACUUGUGAAGAAUGUAGAAUAACUAAAGAAGGCAGAUAUCGGUAUCAUACUAUCAAGAAUGAUAACAAAAAAUUUUGCUCUAAACAGUGUUUUAAUGAUCAUUAUUCAGAAACUUGUGUGGAUUGCCGAAAAAAAGUUUAUAGUCCCUAUCGCGAUAAGAAAUAUCCGGAGUUAACUUAUUGUUUUAGUUGCCAUUAUGAAGCGAAAAAACAAGGUAAGGAAUUAGAAAAAAGUAGUGAAGGCUUAGGGGAGGCUAUGGAUGAUUUAGUAGAUGGAAUGGCAGAAGCAGUAAAAAAAAGUAAAGAGGAUGAAAAGAGUUUAAAUGUGAAUGAUGAGGAUAGUAAACUAUUUACCGUGGAUUUUAGGAAGCAUAGGAAUAAUAACCUUAAUAGGUCUAGUUUACUUUCUCGCUAG